CCCAGCCAGCCCGCGGUUCCCCAGCCGCCGUCCGGGCGCGCGCAGCGAGCGAGCGCGACUAUGCCAAGAUGGUCCUGCAGGCGCGGAAUAAGCACCGGGAGGCGGCUCCCAAGCCGCCCCAGCCGCCCCGCGCCUCUCAGUCGCCGCUAAGAGGGGCUCCGGACGUCGGCGCCGGGGAGCCGGGACCCGAGCGCGCGUCCCCGUCCCCAGGGCGCAAGGGCKCUGCGGGCAGGAAGGGGCCCCGCGCGGAGCCCGGCGUGUCGCCCGCGGGGGUCGGCCUGGGGGGGCGCCUGGUGGCCGGGCUGCGCGGGGCGCUGGGCCUGCGGCGCGCGGGGCGCGGCCGGACCUGGACCACGCUUCUGCUAGCUGCCUUUGCAGCCGUGUUGCACUGGAGCCAUAUAACACACCUCUUUGAAAAUGAUCGUCAUUUUUCUCACCUCUCAACAUUGGAAAGGGAGAUGGCUUUUCGCACUGAAAUGGGGCUAUAUUAUUCUUACUUCAAGACUAUUGUGGAAGCCCCCUCAUUUUUGAAUGGAGUAUGGAUGAUUAUGAAUGAUAAACUGACUGAAUACCCUCUUGUUAUUAAUACAUUAAAAAGGUUCAAUCUUUACCCUGAGGUAAUCUUGGCCAGCUGGUACCGAAUUUAUACCAAAAUAAUGGACAUGAUUGGUAUUCAAACCAAGAUAUGUUGGACAGUUACCAGAGGAGAAGGACUCAGUCCUAUUGAAAGUUGUGAAGGAUUGGGAGAUCCUGCUUGCUUUUAUGUUGCUGUAAUUUUUAUUUUAAAUGGACUAAUGAUGGCAUUAUUCUUCAUAUACGGCACAUAUUUAAGUGGAAGUCGAUUGGGAGGCCUGGUUACAGUGUUAUGCUUCUUUUUCAAUCAUGGAGAGUGUACCCGUGUGAUGUGGACACCGCCUCUCCGUGAAAGCUUUUCAUAUCCUUUCCUUGUACUUCAGAUGUUGCUUGUGACUCAUAUUCUCAGGGCUACAAAACUUUAUAGAGGAAGCUUGAUUGCGCUCUGCAUUUCCAAUAUAUUUUUCAUGCUUCCAUGGCAGUUUGCUCAGUUUGUACUUCUUACUCAGAUUGCAUCAUUAUUUGCAGUAUAUGUUGUGGGGUAUAUUGAUAUAUAUAAAUUACGGAAGAUCAUUUAUAUACACAUGAUUUCUCUUGCACUUUGUUUUGUUUUGAUGUUUGGGAACUCAAUGUUGUUAACAUCCUAUUACGCUUCCUCUUUGGUAAUUAUUUGGGGCAUGCUGGCAUUGAAACCACAUUUUGUGAAAAUAAAUGUGUCUGAGCUUAGUUUAUGGAUUAUCCAAGGAUGUCUUUGGUUGUUUGGAACCAUUAUACUCAAAUAUUUGACAUCUAGAAUCUUUGGGAUUGCAGAUGAUGCUCAUAUUGGCAACUUAUUAACAUCAAAAUUCUUCAGUUAUAAGGAUUUUGAUACUUUAUUGUAUACCUGUGCAGCAGAGUUCGACUUUAUGGAAAAGGAGACUCCGCUGAGAUAUACAAAGACUUUGUUGCUCCCAGCUGUACUUGUAGUAUUCAUUGCAAUUGUUAGAAAGAUUAUUAGUGAUAUGUGGAGCAUCUUAGCUAAACAACAGACACAUAUAAGAAAACAUCAGUUUGAUCAUGGAGAGCUGGUUUAUCAUGCAUUGCAACUGUUAGCUUAUACAGCCCUUGGCAUUUUGAUUAUGAGACUAAAACUCUUCUUGACACCACACAUGUGUGUUAUGGCUUCCUUGAUCUGCUCCAGACAGUUAUUUGGAUGGCUCUUUUGCAAAGUACAUCCUGGUGCUGUUGUUUUUGCUGUACUAGCAGCAAUGUCAAUUCAAGGUUCAGCGAAUCUUCAGACCCAGUGGAAUAUUGUAGGGGAGUUCAGCAAUUUGCCACAAGAAGAACUUAUAGAAUGGAUCAAAUAUAGUACCAAACCAGAUGCAGUGUUUGCAGGUGCCAUGCCCACUAUGGCAAGUGUGAAGUUGUCUGCCCUUCGGCCGGUUGUGAACCAUCCACAUUAUGAAGAUGCAGGCUUGAGAGCCAGAACGAAAAUAGUAUACUCAAUGUAUAGUCGAAAAGCAGCUGAAGAAGUGAAGCAAGAAUUGGUAAAGUUAAAAGUGAAUUAUUACAUUCUAGAAGAGUCAUGGUGUAUAAGAAGAUCCAAGCCUGGUUGCAGCAUGCCUGAAAUUUGGGAUGUGGAAGAUCCUGCCAAUGCUGGGAAAACUCCCUUAUGUAAUCUCUUGGUGAAGGAAUCAAAGCCUCACUUCACCACUGUAUUCCAGAACAGUGUUUACAAAGUUCUAGAAGUUAUAAAAGAAUGACUACUACUUCAUGACCUGCCUCCUACAGAGAAUUACAUCAGCAGAUUAACCUCAUUGUGGAUUGUCCUUGAGACCUGAGUCCUCAGGGAUGGUUUCCGGUGCCCACUUCUGGGAGCCACAGAAGAGCUGUUCUCUUUCUGCCUUCUUACCAGAGCCCAAGGACAAGCCUGGUCUGGGGGAAGCACUAGUUUGCUUGUAUUGGUCAACUGCAAAGAGAGCAUGCACAGCUGAGUGAACCCUUCGAGAGGGGCACCAUCUCCAGCCUUGCUCCAGAGCCGGCACCUCCCAGGGCUUCUCCUUAUCUGGAGUCAGCUCAGGAGAUUGCUUCUGUCAGUGUUCUGCAGAUGUACAGUCACUCUUUUUCAUUUGCUACUCGACCAUCUUAUUUCUUAGGCUUUGCCAGUUGCCCAAAAGUAGGGAAGCAGCUGGGGAAUUUUUGGAUUAGGAGUAACAUUUGAUCAAUAAUGCAGCAAUCCAGAAAAAUGGGAAGAAGGCAUUUGGGGCUGAAGAGGAGAGUCAACAUGGGUGGGAGAGGGCAGGUGUGUGCUACAUUAUCUGCAGUUGUUCCUCAACAAGUGCACCUGCUGUUGCAUAUCCAGCAGUUCAGGAUAGUUUUUCAACCAUACUUUUAAAGUCAUUCUCUAUUCUUCUCACCCUCUAACAAUUCCCUUCCUAGUAAGUUCACAUGUAAUGAUUGGAAAUUCAGUACAGCAAAAAAAAAAAAAAAAAAAAAAAAA